GAAACUAUCACAAAAUUUGUGUUGUAAUAAAAGUGAGUAAUGUGACACAGAAAGGUAAACAAAUGUUUUCUGAAAAUGUCAAAAGUCUUCUGUGCAGUUUGUUCCUUAACAUUGUGGCUCACUCAGUGCUCAUCCAGAGCAUGCAGACUGUCUUCAACAUAUCCUGGAAUAUUCACUCUUUUACACAAAGGAAGAACUACUCUCUGAGUUCAGUGUUAUCGAGGGGUUAAGCCUCCACGCAAGUGGAACCAGAAUUAUCAUCUGGAACUUACGCAGAACGACUUCAGGAGAAUUAGAAUUUAAUUUCAUGAAGGACCCUUACGACAUCCGGAUCCCUAUUGAUGUAUAUGAGAACACCAGAGAGCCAAAAAAUCAACAAAAUCAGACAUGCAUGUCAGUUCCAGAGAGUGAAUAUUCACUGCGGGCAUACAGCAGUAUCCUGUACCUGAAGCCAAGAAUGCAGAUUAUCAUCCAAGGACAGAAGGUGGAAACUCAGUUUGUCACUAAAAGUCUAGCAAAAGUCUUAAAGGAUACAUACAAACCUAGAAAUUACAACAAGAAAAUAACAAUCACCUUUGGCUACAAUACAAAGACCAAGGAGCAUUAUGGCAUCAUGAUGUACAACAAAAACCGACUCAUCAAAGCCUAUGAGUGUGUUGCCUGUCAGCGCAGGGCUAACAGCACAGGAGUGGGAGUUAUUGGGGUUAUAGAGUGUAACCACCUUAAACCAACUCACAACAAGCAGGACUUUGACAGUACAGAUGAGUACAGGAGAAUCAUGUUGAAUGUAGGUUAUAAACUGGAGGAGUACUGGAAGGAAGUUCGUUUUAAACAUCAGAAAAACCUGAACUGCACAGAACCAAUUGAAAAUAUUGUGACGAAGAGAGCUCUAGGCCAUAGUCAAGGGACGAUGGAGAUAAAGAAAGUUAGAAGAAAAGGUUCUGUGGACAGCAUACCAGAUAGUGUGUUAACAUCCACGGCCUCACCUGGCAUGUGCAACUCUGGUAAUGAUGCUAAUGAGGCAGAAAGUGAAAUAGCACCAAUGGACAAUAGUGAUGAUCACAGCAAAGUGCAACAGAAACAAAUCAAUCACAUAACACAGACCAGUUCUGAGGACCAAUUGAACGACAAAGUGCUGUAUCUGAAGGCCAUGGUGGAAAUAAAGCAGCUCCAACAAAAGCUCCUGGAGCAAGAAAAGGCAGAAAAGGAGCUUAUGGGAAAGGUGGAUGUUCUAGAAGCUGACAAGUACACGCUGUCAACCUGCUGCAACAGCCUGCAGAAAGAUUUAGAGGACAUAAAGAGAGAAAAUAAAAAGGUAAAAUUAAGUGGAAAAGGUCAAAGUGUCCAGACAGAUUUUCCAAUUGCCUCCACAGAAGAAAGUGCAACAACAUCAACAGAAGCCUCCGACCUAAGAAGAGGAAUAGAUUUGCAAUUUGGGACACAGGACAGAAGAGGAAGUGGACAAGAAAACAAUAACACACAGUUAUGCAGAUUAAGAGAACUCAGAGAAAGUGUGGGACGUCUCCUGGCUACCUUAGUCCCUGCUCUGGACCUUCAGCAAGUAAACCAUGAUUCUGAAGACAUUGAUGAGAUUCUCAAUCAGGUUAUCAAUCAAAUCUCUAUGACAGAGGCAGCCUCUACAUAGUAACAGUGGUGACCAGAAAACUGCAAACCUUAACUCUAUAAAUCAUUUGGUUUGGAUAAUGCAAAAAGAACUUCAAGCAUGUCCGUAAUAUUUUAUUAGUUUUUAUUGUUUCCAUUAUGUUAAACUCAGUAAGGUGACGGCUGCUUUUGCCACAUUUUUUGUAUUACACAGGUUUUUUUUUCAAAUAUCUUAAUAUAUAAAGCACAUUUUCAAUUUUACAUGUGUUAUAUAAGCAAGUAGUGAACUACAGUAGUCAGUUCAUGUUUUAGAAAUCUUUUAGACUUCCAUUUUUUUCAUUUUUCCCUUUCCAAAAUACAUGACCCU